AUUCAUUUGGGAAGAUGGGUUCUCCCAUGGCAAUGGAGAUCUCUCUGCAAAAUGCUACUGAGACGGAGCCGUGUGAGACGAACGGUGUACAGGAGUCGGCUUCUCCUCCGUUAUUGACCGACGACAAGGUUCUUGUUUCUGUUGAAGUUUGCUUGAAACCAUCGAGUACCGCUCGGAUUGCGGAUGUACACGCAGCGGUUGAGAGAAUGCUUGAAAAGAGGAGUUUGAGUUAUGUUGAUGGCCCUGUUCCGGUUCCUGAUGAUGAUACAUUUCUCAAAGAAAAUGUAGAACGGAUCCGUAUUUGUGACACAGAUGAAUGGGUAGAGAACCAUGAAAUUCUCUUGUUCUGGCAAGUCAAACCUGUUGUGCACGUCUUUCAGCUUAGUGAGGAGGGACCAGGUGAGGAAUCAAGCGGGGAUGGCCAGCUUUCUAGCUUCAAUGAAUGGAUUCUUCCUGCCAAAGAGUUUGAUGGAAUGUGGGAAAGCUUAAUUUAUGAAGUUGGUCUCAAGCAAAGGUUGUUGCGAUAUGCUGCGAGUGCUUUGCUCUUCACUGAGAAAGGUGUUGAUCCUUUCCUUGUGUCAUGGAACCGUGUCAUACUUCUCCAUGGACCUCCAGGGACUGGAAAAACAUCUUUAUGUAAAGCAUUGGCACAAAAACUUUCUAUCCGUUUUAAUUCCAGAUAUCCACAAUGCCAGCUGGUUGAAGUUAAUGCACAUUCUUUAUUCAGUAAAUGGUUUUCGGAAAGUGGAAAAUUGGUGGCUAAGCUUUUCCAAAAAAUUCAAGAAAUGGUGGAGGAAGAAAACAACCUGGUAUUUGUUGUGAUUGAUGAAGUUGAAAGUCUGGCUGCUGCUAGAAAGGCUGCCUUGUCAGGGUCUGAACCUUCAGACUCUAUUCGAGUUGUGAAUGCCCUACUCACUCAGAUGGACAAGCUAAAAUCCUCACCAAAUGUGAUCAUCCUGACUACAUCAAAUAUAACAGCUGCAAUUGAUAUAGCUUUUGUUGAUCGAGCUGAUAUCAAGGCAUAUGUUGGACCUCCUACACUUCCAGCACGGUAUGAAAUACUGAGGUCCUGUAUGGAAGAACUUAUACGAACCGGGAUUCUAACAUAUCCUGAGGGUCAAGUCAAGCUUCCAAACUAUCCAACCUUGCGGGAAAAGCUGAACACGCCUGAGAUACAGAAGCCUCGUGGCCUACUUUGUCUGUCUAAACAAUUGGUUGAAGCUGCCGAAUCAUGUGAGGGCUUGAGCGGUAGAGCUUUGAGAAAGCUUCCCCUCUUAGCUCAUGCAGCUCUGGACAACCCAUAUUGUCAUGAUCCUGGCAAGUUUUUGUAUACAAUGAUCGAUGUAGCCAAGAGGGAGCUAUCCCAGUUAUCAGAUUGAGCAUAUU